AUACUGCAUGAAAUAGAAAUGGUAGAGGGCUCCUCAGCCGGUGGCAGCGCUGAGCGCUCUAGUCGUCUCUUCGCGAAGUAUGCGUCCAUCAUCAGUGCCGGGCCAGCUGCCUCGGAGGGAGUGGAGUGCGGGGCGUCGGGAGCAACAGGGUCGGCGUCCACGUCGAGCAGCGCGGCCCCAACCCGACCACAGCCGACCCCCUCCAGCUGCUCCUACGCGGCCGCAGCCAGCGCCCCGCCUCCGGGCCCCCUGCCGCCCACCAGCGGCUCCUGUCCCGUAGCCGCCCCCUCCCCAGUCAGCACUCCUAGCACCGGCAGUAGCAGCAGCACGCGCACAUCAUGCUCGGCGGCGGCGGCCGUAGCAGACGGUGGCACACUCAACCCGCUCAACAACAUGCCGAACUCUUUGGCAGCCACGCCGGCGCCGGUGCCGGGCCUGCGCGGCGAGCGCGUGGUGAGCUCCAUCCCCAUGGCCCCGCCUGACAAGCUGCCGCCGCACCAGGCGCCGGGGCAGCAGAACUGGGUGUACCCCAGCGAGCAGAUGUUCUACAACGCCAUGAAGCGCAAGGGCUGGGACCCGCAGGCAGAGGACAUGCGCAGCGUGGUCGGCAUCCACAACACCGUCAACGAGCAGGCCUGGCACCAGGUGCUGGCGUGGGAGCGGCUGCACUGCGACGAGUGCGCCACGCCGCGCCUCAAGCGCUUCCAGGGCCGCCCCAGCGACCUCAGCCCCAAGGCGCGACUGCUCAACUUCGUGGGCUUUGGGCUGCCCUUCGACCGACACGAUUGGGUGGUGGACCGCUGCGGCAAGGAGGUGCGCUACAUCAUCGACUUCUACAACGGCGCGCCGCAGCCCGGCCAGUCCGCGGCCGCCGCCUUCUUCCUGGACGUGCGGCCGGCGCUGGACAGUGUGGAGGCGGCGUGGGACCGCCUGCGCAUGCAGUUCAGCUGGGUGGCCAGCGGCAGGUGGCGGGAGUGAGGCGAGGACACGGGGGGCGAGGACACGGGGGGAAGGGGGCGCGUGGCGUGUGGCAUGGGCACGGGGUACGAGGUGGCAAGCGAGGGGGGAUGGAAGGUGGAAGGGCAGUAGGUGGUGGCUGGAUGGGACUAUGGGGGAAGGGCAUAUUGCAGGGACGAGCGGAGGGAGGAGGCCUGGGGAGCGGGGACGUCCAGAGGUAGGGCCUCGCGGCGCAGAGGCGGUGGCAGCGGCGGCGGCGCCGGGCGUCUAGUCAUGCACACAAAUAGUGCUGUGAGCACUGGAUGGAAACAUACGGCAUGGUAUUCAUGGGUGACAUAAAGGUUUGUGCCUUCGUGGCGCCUGCCCUGGCAGAGGGAGCGCGAUGAGUCUAUGACCGUUCAGCAGGCCAGGCUGGCCGGCCCUUGUGGGUGCUGGACUUAUGUAGCCCUUACGUGUGACACUACAUUCUGCGUGGCAGGACCGGCGGUGACGUGAGGGGUGAAGGGGCAAGCCCGGUGCAUGGUGUUUUGGCGUGUGCCGUACAGACGGUCGUGAGGUAUUAUGCGCAUACUGUGGUAGUUAGCAUUGGUUGUGAUCUCGGCAAGUGAAGGCGGUGGAGCAGGUAUCUGGGCGCUGCGCGUGGCAGGGGGUGGCGGCGGUGUUGCCUAGCGCUGCUGGGCGGGCCCGGGAUGCCGGGUGUAAGGGUAUGCACGGGCCGGAUGGUUGGGCGCUGUGACACUGAAUCUGUGCGGCACACGCGUGCGUAGAAUAUGGAGAUACUGCUUGGUAAUGCACUAAUGCGCAGCCUGCAGCAUCGCGGCGCGGCGCGGCAGUGGUGGCGGAGGCGGAGGCGGCUCGGGCCUCGGGGCCUGCUGGCGGCAGCGGUGGCGGCGGUCCAGCGGUGGCAGGGGUGGAGGGGGCUCCAGGCCCGGCCAUUGGGCCAUGGCGGCAGUGGCUCUGGUGUAGGACCCGACAUUGGCACAUGGUGACAGCGGCUGCAGGGCGGGGUCUGGCGACGGUAUGUGUGUGCGGAGCGGAGGGAGCAGGCAAGGCCACGAGCAGGAGUCAGGCGAGCGUGACGCCGCCCGAAACGUGGCGACAGCGCACAGGGUGCGCGGGGCUUUUGGACUGCGUGCGAAUUUGUGCGAAUCGCGGGGUUGGGAGGUGCACGGAGGUGGCAUGGAUGGGCGCUGCCUAGCA